CAUUAUCUGAUAAUCGGGUGUCCUGUUGGCACUUUUUAAGUUGACAGACGCGCGCACUCGCCGUACGUAAGAAUUUUCCCGUGGUGUAACGCUCGCUCCAGACAGGGCGUCGUUAACAGAAUGUGACUGUCACACUGGCAUCCUCGUCGAUGCAAACCGCACCGCAUUCUUGCGCCUUCUGUCAGGAAUUUCUUCCUCUCCCAGUGUCAUUCCAGGAGAGCCUGCCGACUCCGCCGCGGCCCUCCGCCGCUCCUCCUCCAGUCACGCGCCGUGUCUUACCUGCGGCGUCCUCAGAGGAAAAGAAAGCGGUUCCUGCCCCGGCAAGAGACGCGUCGAUCAAGACACCCGGCCGAGAAACCAGCAGACAGAAGGCCACCUCCAUUCUACAGAACACGAGAAGCCAGGUGGAACCGUGCCCUGGGAAUGCAGAAGAGAACUGCAAUGAUGACCAGCACGACUGUGCUGAGACGGCGCCAUCUGCAGCUGCAGAGGAGUCCCAUGCCGGACCAGCCCGCACCCCAUCUGAAACGCACAGCACAGGCGUGGGGUCCACAGCUCCCCGCUGCGUUUCGAAGCCGAGUGCAGACCCUGCUGAGGUCGUCGCCAUUCCAGAAGACGUGGAGCCAGAGUUCCAGACCCCUAAAGAACGAGAAUGUUGGCAGUUGUACCGCAGGAUGAUGGAGAAAGGAGUCAGCGUGUCCUACGACACUGUCCUCAGGGGGCUGCUCACACCUACCGAGUACCGCCUGAGGCGCACGUGCUAGUCGGUCAAGACAGACAGAGCAGCGCCUGACGCACUACUGCUUGGACAGAUCCUCCAGGUCCUCCAAGUCCAACCGCCACAGCUAACAAGCACACCAGUAGAUUAGUUAAGAGACAUUUUUAGUCACUCAGUCUUGAUUAUUAACGACUGCAUGUGAACCGCAGUUCAUUUAAUGUAGAAUGGGAGGAGAGGACAAUUGUGGACCGUGAACUGCAAAGGAUGCGCUGUGAAUGGGGAAAAUCACUGUCACUAUAGUCAUUGCACCGCCUGAAAUUUGAACUGAAUGUCACCCGAAUACAAGCAAGGCGUAAGUGCUGGAGGCAGAGAAUAACGAACAACGCUGAUGUAGAAACUGCUGCAGUUAUGAAGUGUCCACCUUUGAACACAAGAACGAAUUCCUUGUCAUGUCAUAUUAUGUCAAACGACCUACAGGUUAUGCAUGGCUAUUGGUAGCAGACCACAAUUUGAACGAAACCAAAGUAGGACUAUUUAUUGCUCAAGUGUCUCCAUGUGUAGCAUAGAUGCGUCUGCUGGCUGACGCGCAAAGUGAGUGCUGUGGGUGGACUUCCUCUUACGCGUGCUCAGACUCUCAUAUAAAGAUACAGGAACUGAAGUUCACUGUCUGGACGGAUGGUCAGGGUGUGGCUGCGAUACUUUUUAUAUGUAAUACACAUUUGCAAGGUUUAUCACAAUGCUCCACCACUGACAAGCGGCCUCCUGAUUUAUUACAUGCAUGUAUAUAUUGUCUUUGCACAAGUCCUCGCUACAGCUAGGGUACCAACCUGGCACACUGUACUGGGCUGAAGUGCCUCAUGCGCGACAGUGGACACUCACCUCCGUUAACUGCCGUUAAUUAUAUCCCCAAGGGUUCCUGCGUGGUUGCCUCUUUCUGCAGUUGUAUGUGCAUCUUCUGGCCAUAUCGUCCUCCUGAUGAUCAUGGGGCACAGCCUUCUGCAUGCCACUUUCUCGUCUGAUCGUUGAUGAUCUCACAGAGAACAUAACACUUGAACUUUACAAAAUUAAACUUCUUAUGCUGUUUAUGGGAAUGGACAGUUUUUUGUGAUAAUCAUGAGAAAACUACAAAUUGCACACUGUGUGGGAAAAAUAGUGAGUUAAUUAUUAUUACAGCAUUUGGUACACUGUUACUACUCGGUUUAAAGACUUCAGUCCCGUAAAAGUUAUGCGUAAAUACUAAAUUAGGGCUUUGUUUUCACUGCAGGUUUGCAUAACUGGAAGUCAGUAUCCACAGCAUUCACGCCUCUUAGGUAGUCUGAAAAGGGGUCGCACGCUGUAUGUUACAGGGGAAUGAUCCAGUACUGGAGAUUACAGUUGCCUUCCAUUAGAAAACAAAAAUUGUGAUCUAAACUAUUUCAUUGUGUCAGAUCUUAUAAAUGAACUUCCAAAUUACAA